CUUAUUCUUGACCAUAUGGAGAGAGAAUCUACACCCUCACCCUCGUUCUCGUCAUUCUUUCCACCAUGAGGCUCGGACUCCGUCUCCUGCAGUGUCUCCUCCCCACCCUGGUGGUCGUCUAUCUUUUAAAGUGCCAUGUUCUGGACCUCGAAGACCAGUACCGUGCUGGCGUGUAUUUCUUUGCAUGGCUGAAAAAUCACCGCUCCCACGAGUACAAGGGAUUGGUCGCGCCGCACGCCCAGCCAGGCGACAAGAUCAUCGUCAUGGCCAAGUUGGAGGCCGAGUGGACGGACUGGGUGGAGGAGGAGCUUCCAGACUGGCAACGGGCCAUCUACGUCGUCAAUCCCUCACGCAACACUCUAGCCGAUACCUCGACGCUGACCACCCCGUUGAACAAAGGCCACGAGUCAAUGGCCUACCUGACCUACAUCAUCGACCACUACGAUUCCCUACCCUCGACCGUCGCCUUCCUGCACCCCCACCGCGCCGGCUUCUUCAUGGCCUGGCACACCGACGAACCCUUACACGACAACGUCGAGGCCAUGCGCUCCCUACGCCUAGGUUACGUCCAGCGCAACGGCUACGUCAACCUCCGCUGUAACUGGAACCCAGGCUGCAAACCUGACCACCGCUACAACCGUCACGUCACCGAACAGGUCUGGCGUGAGAUCUUCGAGGGAACAAGCACCCCGCCAAACAUCACAGACACGCAGUCUUCGCAGUCUUCAUUAACUCCCACUGAUGCAACAGCAGCGGCAGCAGCACAGUCUGUCCUUUCUAUUCCAGACCAGAUCGGGGCGGCGUGUUGUGCCCAGUUCGUCGUCUCGCGCAACCAAAUCCGUAAACGCCCACGAAGCGACUACCUCCAGUUCCGCCAGUGGGUUGUCGACACCAACAAGACAGACGCCAUCAGUGGUCGUGUCAUGGAGUUUCUAUGGCAUGUCAUUUUUGGCAAAGACAGUGUAUACUGCCCCGAUGAGCAGGUCUGUUAUUGUCAGGUCUAUGGACAUUGUUGAUCUCCUGUACCUUAGCUUAUGAUACCAAUAGACUUUCUACUAUUCCGU